AUGGACCUUACUACGCUUCUUGAUCAGCGUAUUCCCUAUUCAGAUAUUUCAUCUCCUUGUUUAAUUCUCGUCAAUAGUCGAGGUCUUAAUAUCUCACAUGAAGAGAUUUUAGCUUCUGCAUUUUCGAGUUUCUUCAAUAAAUCUCUUGAACUUUCCACAGCAAACCUUCUUUUUACUGCUAGGCAACCGUUUUCACGUUAUACAAGUUUCCUUGAUCCCAUCUUCCGUCGAUCUAUUGGAAAGCAUCAGGUCUAUGGUUUUGAUUUUGCUGAUGAACUUGUCAAAAAUCCACUAGAACGCUGUGGGGAAGCUCUGUUUCUGUCUAUGAAUCGAUUAAUCGACGAUUUUGAGGUUCUAUCAAAAGAACGCAAAUUAUUCCUCAUGGUCGAUGAUCUGUCCUAUGUUGAAGAUCUUGGAGUGUCAUGCAAGAAACUUCUCUCUCGUCUACUGAAGUCGUCCAUUCAUUAUCUCCUUAUUGGUUAUCACAAUACCAAUGAUGGUAUUACGGAUGAUUAUCUUUUUCAUCUUCUUCACAGAAGAGCAGAUUUGUUUUUGGAUGUCUCGUCCUUAAAUACCGGCUAUUCGAAUACGUUAGAUGGGCAGUUGACAAUAUCAACACCAAAUAGCGGGAUGAGUUCUGGAGAAACGCAAAAAGAUCAUUUCACAUUCUUUGCUGAAGGGCAGACGGUCCGUUGCUAUACUCAAGGAUCUUCCAGUCUCGUCAGCUGA